AGCCAUGGAGAGGGUUUCAUCAGCUCCAGAAAUGGAUGAUGUUAUUUCAACUGAUCAGUCAAGCAGAUCAACAAAAAGAAGGGCUAAAGUUUGGGAUUAUGUUGAUUCAGAGCUAGUAGAUGGGAAAGAGAAGGCGAUCUGCAAAUACUGUAAGGCCCACUUAUCUUCUGUUGCGGGUAAAGGUACAACUCAUCUGAAUAGGCACAUUUCUACGUAUUGCCAUGCAAUUUCACAAGAAGAGAGACAAAGGUUCUUAGCGACCCAAAAAACAAAACCUGAUGAGGCUCAUGUUUUCGACCCUGUAGUCUUUCGAGGUCUAAUAGCCAAGUACUUCCUUAGCGCAGAGAUUUCAUUUCGAAAGUGUGAAGAUCCAUCCUGGAAAGAAAUGAUAAAUUACUGCCAACCAUCUUUUCGAUUAGUCGGUCGACAGACUGUCCGUUCAGAUUGCAUUUUGUUGUAUGAAGAGGAGAAGUUGCAAUUGAUGGACCAAUUUACGAAGUUGAAAUCCCAUGUUAGUUUGACUGCCGAUCUUUGGUCCUCUAACCAAAACCUUGGCUAUCUUGGUGUAACAGCACAUUUCAUUAGUGAAGACUUUGAUUUGCACAAAAAGAUCAUUGCAUUCAAGAAAAUUUCCUUCCCUCAUACAUCUUAUGCUGUGCAAGAUGGUAUUACCUCUUGUUUGCUAGAGUGGGGAUUGGUUGGGGAUUUGUUUACUCUAACAUUGGAUAAUGCUAGUGUAAACAAUAGAGCAAUGAAAGAUAUGCGAGAUGCAUUGGGUAGUCAGAUGUUUUUUAGUGGUGAACACCUCCAUGUGAGAUGUUCUUCUCAUGUGCUCAAUAUCAUGGUUCAAGCUGGACUGAAAGUCGUUCCAAAUGCAAUCGGGAGCGUGAGGGAUAUUAUCAAGGUCGUGACAUCUACACCAUCUCGUUUGCAGAUCUUCAAUUCUAUUGUUCAAGCAUUGGGUCUUAAAAGUAAAUCAGGGCUGAUUCUUGAUGUUCCACAUCGUUGGAAUGCAACCUAUGAUAUGUUAAAUGAAGCACUAAAAUAUAAGGCUGCUCUUAAUAGGUAUGCAACAGAGCAACAUCAUGAAUGUCCCACUGAAGAAGAUUGGUCAAAGGCAGAAGCUCUUCAUGGUUUUCUACAAGAGUUUAGUGAUGCAACCAAAGCAUUCUCAGCGGAUAGACAUCCCACAGCUCAUCUUUUUCUCAAGUUGUUGCUCGUUAUCCGAGGUGUGCUGCUUGAUGUGACUUGGAACUCAAAUGAACUCAUUAAUGAGAUGGCAAAUGUUAUGUAUGCUAAGUUCCAAAAAUAUUGGGAAAAUCCUAAUAUUGUGUUGCUCAUAGCUGCUGUUCUAGAUCCAUCAAUGAAGACCGAAUUUGUCAAGUUUUAUUUCUACACAGUUGGUGAUAAUGUUGAUGUGAAGAUGAGGGAGCUCAAAAGGUACUUGAAGAAAUAUUACCUAGAGUAUGAGAAAAUCAUGAGGAGUCCUAGUUUGCCUGUCUUUAUUCCUCAUGAGGAUCAGAUGAGAAGUGAGACUUUUACUUCUUCACCUCUCUGCGGUAAAAGAAGGGUGGAACAUGCAUUUGCUCAAUUUGCAUCUCAAAAUAUGGAUGCCCGUCCAGAGCGAACAGAAAUGGAUACUUACUUGGAGGACCCUAGGAUCCUUGUCAAGCCGGAUGAAAACUUCAAUGUUUUAGGAUGGUGGAAGAAAAACAUAGAUGCCUAUCCAAUAUUGUCUUUGAUGGCUAGAGAUUUUUUGGCUAUUCCUGUGAGUACGGUAUCCUCAGAAUCUGCCUUUAGUGCAGCUGGUAGAAUUCUUGGAAAAAAUAGGACAUCACUAUCUCCUGAAACACUUGAAGCUUUAGUCUGUGCCAAAGACUGGUUGAUUGGAUUCAAUGAUGAAGAAGAAGGUGAACCAAUGACAGGAAAGCGAAUGUUUGAUUCAGAUGAUGAAGAAGAUGAUUGGGAAAUUUGAUGUAGAUUUAGGUCCAAUGAGCAGAUGUUUAGUAGAAUAGCCUGUUGUUGAGUGUAGCAAGAUCGAUGAUUCAGUGAUAACAAAGUGACUUACCUUCUCCUUCAUCUGUGCACAUUCAAGGU